AUGCCAACCGGCACUUCCCUUGCAACACUCGCGGUGCUUACCGAGCAGACAGGCGGCAUCGAUAAAAUCUUUCGCACAGCCAUCUAUUCGAUCCGACUUUUCGCUGCACUAACGGGUCGGGAAAUUUUGCCCCUCCUUAAAUUGGCAGACGUUCUUUCAGAAACUAGAUAUGUUCUUCGGAUUUUCGGCUCCAUCUUCAGCAUCAAAGAUCUUUUUCAAGCAAAUUUAAAGAAAAGGGAACUAAUCAAAGCGCUCACAAUGGCCGUUUACUACCCAUUAGAUGCGCUUUACCUCCUUGCCUUCAAGGAGAUAAUCUCAAUUAACCCCAAGCAUCAGCUGGAAAUUUCGCAGUGGAGCUGCCGUGCAUGGGCCCUAUAUUCGAUUGUGGAGCUAAGCGAACUGCUUGGUCUUUGGGAACAGGGCCGCUCUCCAGUCCUUGCAAUCGUCCAGUCAGCUGCAGAUAUGCUCCUUGCACUCAAUUGGUCGUGGGAUAGAUUUGCCCUGUCUUCGCCAGCCGUUGCCGGAAUUGGUACCAUAUCUGCGUCUCUGUCUCUUGCAUCUGCGGUCAGCACAGCCAAUAAAGGGUCUACAUAA